AUGGAUGUCAAGAAUGCGUUCUUAAAUGGUAACCUUCAUGAAGAAGCUUAUAUGAGUCAUCCACCUGGUGUUGCCCACCGACCUGAAUCUUUAAAUUAUGAACUCUCUGGUUGUUUUGUUAUGAAAAAUUUGGGCAUGCUGCGUUACUUUCUCGGCAUUGUAGUUGCCUGUUCUCCGAAAGGUUAUCUCUUAUCUCAGUCUAACUAUAUAGCUGAUUUGUUCGAUCGUGUGCAUCUCAAUGGUAACAAGAUUGUUGAUACUGCUUUUGAUCUCAAUGCCCAAUAUUCUGCAUCGGAUGGUCUUCCUUUUCUUGAUUAUAUUCCAGUUCAUAUCGUACUAUUUUUUUGGGAGAGUUUGGUCUAUCUUACCAUGACUCAUUCAUACAUUGUGCACGUUGUUCACGUGGUUAGUGAUCAAGUUAUCACUGCUCCUACUAUGAUUUAUUGGACUGCUUUUCUUCGUAUUCUCAACUAUCUUUGA